CCUUCGCGUGGAAAACGCGGUCGCGACGCUGCUGUUCUGCCACCAGCCACGCUUUCCGAAAACAUCGCGCAUCGCGCGCUGCACCAGCGCGAACCUGGAUGAGCGUACAACACUCGGAGAGUGCCGGCAUUUAUCAAAUUGUACCGAAAGUGAUAGCAGAGACUCAUAAAGAAUGGCGGGAAAGAUGUCCGAAAGCACCGACGACGAUCCAUCGAGCCCCGCAUCUUCGUUUGGAAGUGCGGGUAAGCUUAGCCCCUCUUCUGCAAGCCAGUCGACAGAGCUUGGAAGUCGGUCACCAUCCUCCCCGAUUGCGAUCUGCUCGUCAUUCGGUGCUUCGCCCAUUCAGCGAGGUGGGAACACACCGACUGGAGAUGUGUUUGACAACGCGGAUCCCUGUGAGAAGGACGUGUUUGGUGUUUCCUCACGGGCUAGCACCAGCCUGCCGACUGAGAAGCAGCGAAGGAUCCAUGGCACCAGAGUGACUGCGACGCCUGAGGAGAUAAGCAAGCUGAGUGCAUUGCUGUGCAACCAGGUGCCUGCUGAGCUGAACAACCGCCAGGUGCUGAGCCAGCACUUCUCCCAAUUUGGCCGGCUCGAGCAUGUCACCUGCGACCUCAAGCGCAAGUUUGCUACCAUUUAUUUCAGCGACCAUCAUUCUGCUGCCUUGGCAAAGAAAAGAGGGACGACCAUCAGCAAGCAGUUUCCCCCGGUGCAAAUCUUCUGGUGUGCAAAGAAGUGGCCUUCUGGUGGCACAUCAGAGAGCACAGCCAGCUCGACCAGAGAGGCUCCCAAACAGCGUGUUUCCAAGAGGAGUGCAUCACGACGCGGCCACUCCCAGCCUGAACCCAAGCAGGCAGCAACCCUGCACGUCAAGGCUAAGGAGGCUGCUGUUGAGGUCAAGACACAAGCAGAGGAAUCGCUGUCGGUGUUACUCAGGCAGUCUGCACACAGCGUGGGAGAACGUUAUCGAGUACUCGAUGCACGAGACAAGAUCAUCCGGCUGCGAAUGGAGAAGCAGAGUGAUCUGGCCACUGCACGUGCCACCAGGGGCACCUGUCCCGACAUGUGCCCCGAGAAGGAACGCUACUCUCGCACCGACAAGAAGUGCCUCAGCUCUUUCGAGAUGCUGCCUGGCAGUGACGGGGUGAUGGACCACACCCGGAUGGUCAAGGAGUACAGCCGCUCCUCUGCCGACCAAGAGGAGCCUCUGGCCCACGAACUGCGGCCACCGCACGUGCUGCGACACACCAUGGACUACCUGCUGGUGCACCUGAUGGAUUCAGCACAACCAGUGGGCGAGUGGUACGACUUCAUCUGGAACCGGACGCGUGCUAUCCGCAAGGACAUCACGCAGCAGCACCUGUGUGACCAAGUGUGUGUCGCCCUGGUGGAGCAGUGUGCACGCUUCCACAUCCACUGUGCUGCGGCCCUAUGCGAGCAGGACAUGUCGACCUUCGACCCCAAGAUCAACAACGAGAACCUGGUCAAGUGCCUGCAGACUCUCAAGCACUUCUACUACGACCUCUCGCUGCGGGGAUUGCACUGUCCAAAUGAGCCGGAGUUCAGGGCAUAUGACGUGCUCUUGCACCUCAACGAGGGAGACACCAUUAGGCAGGUGCAGAAGCUGCCUGCCCGGGUGCGCUGGUCGGCUGAAGUGAAGCGUGCAGUGGCGGCCUUUGCCGCACUCAACAGCAACAACUAUGUGCGCUUCUUUCGGGUGGCUGCCCAAGCACCCUACUUGGCCGCCUGCCUGUUGCACCGAUACUUUGGACAGGUGCGCCUGCGCGCCCUCCAGACCUUCUUCAAAGCUUUCUGCCAGCCCAAUCACAGUGAGGAGUUCUCGCUGGAGGUGCUGGGACGGCAGCUGGGCUUUGACUCGACCUCCGAGGUGCAGCUGUUUGCGGUCAACCUGGGACUGCGUACCAGUGAGCAGGCUCUGGUGCUGGACCGCGCCUCCCCACCGGAGCUGAUGGGUGCCCUGCGAGUGGCGCGCUCCCGGUUGCUUGUCGAGUCCAAACGCACGACCUCAGUGGGAGAGGUGGUGAAUGGGGGACCUCUGCCACCAGAUCCCCAGGAGAAGUACCGUCCACACGACAGCUUCACAUUGGAUGGCACACUACGCCCAGCAGCGUUUGAUGCCAGUGAUCAAGUUCAGAAAUGCUGGGCUGAGUGUGCAGUGAAGGAGGAAGAGCCGGAGCCACAGCCAGAGCCAGAGGAGAAGCAACAGCCAGCUGUGUGCUCAGAUGAGGUGGUGGAGGAAGCGCUACUCGUGCUGGUCGAGGACAUGGUGCAGCAGGAACUGGAGGCCGUCGGGGAGGAGUGUGUGCUCGGUGAGGUGGCCGAGUUGACAGCCGCCUCCCUGCUGGAGGAAGAGACAGAGCAGCUCUCCACGGCAACCUGCACGGAGGAGUACCUCCGCGCAGAAGAACAACGCCUGCAGGAGAAGCUUCUUGCCAAGCGGCAGGCACGGGAGGAUGAGCAACAAGCACAGGAGCAACUGGUAGCCGAGAUCCUUCGUGAGGGGCUGCAGAAUGAGACGGAGGGCAUCUGCAGGGGUUGCCACCAGGAGGCUCUGGGCCAAUGGCAGAGCAGCCAGAGUGAGCUCAUCCUGGCCAGCCUGCUGGACGAAGUGCCCCUCGAGGAGAGCAGCCGUGUGGCCAGGGACAGCCUGGCCGAGGAGUGGGCCCAACACGAGGACAAGCACAGGAGGGCUGAACUCUUCUACCGUCACUCCCUGAUGGCUGCCGCAUUUGCCAACUGGGUGGAGUUCUGCAAGCGAGAGAAACGCCAGAGAAGAGCUCGUGAGAGCUUCCCUGCGGCCCCGAGUAUGCGCUGCAACCUGACUGACCUCAAGCUGCACUUGCCUCCCAAGAGGGCCAGGAUCAGCUGCCUGUCCAAAGGACUGGAGGCAAUGGCGGUGAUCGGUGCCCUGACGGAGAAGCUGGAGCGAGCCCCUAUGGACCUGGACCGGCUGCUCGCCUCCUCCUCCUCCAGCACAACUGGAGAUUUUCCAUUCAAGUUGGUUGUAUGCCUUCCAUUGGCCAGGUGCUUGCAUUCAUUCAAGGCACAGCAGACCGUGUCCCAUGUACGCAGCAAACUCGGAUGUCAGCUGGAGGAUGCCCAGGUGGAAAGCAUAACCAGCGACAGUGCCUUCUGUGUGACGGUUGUGCAAGGGGGCGACUUCAGCUCGGAGGGGUGUGACCACAUGGGAAGACCCUGGCUUCUUUCGGGCACCUCUGCACUGCUGCUGGUGGCCACCGAUGGUGAACCCAAGGACCAGUUGGAGAUGCGGCUGGCAGAGACCUUGAGGGACGCCUUGAGGUUGCAGCCAGCACCGUGCGUGUGUCUGCUGGAUCUAGGAGAUCAGGCUGUCAUUGAGAAUGUCGAUCUUCGAGGCCUGCUUCCCCCAGUGUGGCGCAUGUUCUCCUGCAGCCGAGAGGUGCCUCCCCGCACAGUGCUGGAGGAAGCAGUGCACUGGUGUUCACAGUCGCGGGCUGUGCCACCUUCGCUGCGGACUAGCCUGCUGAGGGACUUCAUUGCCGAGGCAUUCUACCGGCUAGUCUACGAUACCAUUUACAGGGACCUGGCCCAACAUAGCAUGCAUUGGCAGUUCCCCAACCACAUGAUCAAGAUGAUCAACUGCACACUGGACCACCUUGCAGCCGUGGCAGCCUCCGAACAACUCCUGGGAUUGAGUGUGGUUGCACCAGAGAUGAAACAUUCAAGUUACAGCCCAGACUGGAACGAGCCUCAGCACCUUGAGGCACUGAGCAAGCAUGUGAAGUCACUGAAACUGGCAGAGGUGUGCGGUGACACUCGCGACGUGGACACGUUGGUCAACUACGUGGAGCAGUUGUGCAGCAAGCAUCGACACCUUGGCUGCCCAAAAGCAGCUGUGCUUGGAAGUGUCUCCACUACGCUGAAGCGGCAUGGGGAGGACGAUGCACAGCUGUCAUCCACGCUACCCUGGUUCGACAUCCUUCAAGAGUGCUUCUGCCAUCUUCUCAUUGAAUUCUGCUUUAAGGGAGAGGAACUGGUGGUGCACUAUCUUCCGGCUGAGCUGGACCAGUUCAAUGCAUGGGACACUUGGGUUGACAUCACACUUGGCACCACUGCGAGCCAACCCUCAAAGCACGUCGCCAGCCUGCAACCAGUGACUCCUGAGCCUGUGUCUCGGGAGAACCAAACACCUGUUGCUGGAAAAGUGGACUCCGAGUAUGUGUGCCAACUCGAGCAGAUGGUUGCGCACCAGAGGAGCCUGUCAGCCUCCCUUACCUCCCAGCUGGAAACCAUGCUGCCCACUCCCAGCAAUGUCUCCACACCUGAGCAGGCGAGCCAGCCCUUAAAGCGCACUGCCAGCCUGCAACCAGUGACACCUGAGCCCGUCUCCGGGGAGGACAAAACAGCACUUGGAGGGAAAGUGGACUCUGAGUGCAUGCGCCAACUCGAGCUGAUGGUUGCACGCCAGAAGAGCCUGUCAGCCUCGUUUACCUCCCAACUGGAAAGUAUGCUGACCACUCCCAGCGAUGUCGCCAUGCCUGAGCAGGAGGACGAAAAAACUAAUGAUGCGCCAUGCCAGAGGUCGACUUCCACCCAGAGUAUUGAAGAUAUGCUUGCCAUGCUGGAGACAAGAGUUCAGGAAAGCCGGAAGACAUCAGCAAUGUUCACCAACUUUAUAACAACUGUACUAAAAUCAUGAAGCAAAAUAAAUAUAUGGUCUGUUUA